AUGCCCGUCAACAUCAGCUGGAGCAAGGACGGUCGCGAGAUCCAGUCCGGGGACGGCGUCGAGAUCGGCCGCCUCGGCAACCGCGUGCGCACGCUCACGGUGGAGACGGUCGCCUACCGCCACGGCGGGCUGUACACGUGCACGGCGAGGAACGCCGCCGGCGAGGACAAGCAGUCCUCGAGGCUCGACGUGCUGGUGCGAUUAUGCGGCGUAUUUUAUGCUCAUUCCAACUUUGGUUACCCCUCACCCCUUUACCCACCUCCCCAACUCUUCCAACCUACACACGGUCUUGUCGGUUCCGCGUCGGGUGGGCGCUGCGUCGUUGGUAGAGCAGGGUCCGCGCUCGGGCGCUCACAAACCGUGCUCCACGUGCUCGCAGUCAAGCCCCAGAUCCUGGCGCUCACCUUCGGCGACGACCCCAUCAACUCUGGCGACACGGCGGCCGUCCAGUGCACGGUGGUGAAGGGCGACGCCCCCGUCAAGAUCACGUGGCUCUUCAACGGCGAGGAGGUGGUGCCCGGGCGGCGCGGCAUGGAGGUGACCAAGACGGGGCAGAAGAUCAGCGCGCUGAGCGUCGAGUCCGUGCAGGCGGAGCACAGCGGGGAGUACACGUGCAGGGCCUCCAACAAGGCGGGCGCGGACAGCCAGACGGCGCUGCUCAACGUGCAGGGUACACUCGGGGAUAUAGAGGUCUUGGGGGCUGCAUGCAGUAGCAGUGUUGAUGGAGCUGUACUUGCUGAUGUUUGAAGGUCUCCACGUGUCUUGUUUAUUUUAUUUUCCUUUUUAAAACCUAUACCGCCUUCUUCCAUCCGCCCCUCCCCCCUCUUUGAGCUCUGUGGUCGUGUUUGGUGACAGUGGCCCCGCAGAUCCUGGCCCUCUCUUUCGGCGACGACCCCAUCAACUCUGGCGACACGGCGGCCGUGCAGUGUACGGUGGUGAAGGGCGACGCGCCCAUCAGCAUCGCGUGGUACUUGAACGGGCAGGAGGUGCACUCGGGCGACGGCGUCGAGGUGAACAAGCUGGGCGCCAAGAUCAGCGUGCUGAGCCUGGAGGACGCGCAGGCGCGCCACAGCGGCGAGUACACGUGCAGGGCCUCCAACAAGGCGGGCUCCGACAGCCAGUCGGCGGUCCUCAACGUGCAGGGUACGGCUGGUCGCUGCGAUAAGCGCGUGUUGUGCUGAAAGCUGUCGCUGAUGUCGGCGACAGGCGCUCUGUAGUGUAGUAGCAGGUGCCUUUUGGGUUUGCCUUAUGGUUUGGUGGUUUGGUCCUCCUCCACCUCCCCUUUUCCCCUCCCGCUGUCCCAUACAUCUGUUCUGCCCUCACAAUGUUUCCACACUCACUCACUCCUCC